AUGAAUUCAACUCAGGAACAAGUACGGAAAGAAGUUAAGGCUUACCGGAGCUCUAUUCAACCAUUUAGCAUCAGUGAUGAAUUUUGUUUCGAUGAGAAAAACAAUCGUGCAUAUUUUCUGGCAACCGAUCCUUCAUGGAUGAAAACAUCCACCUUAUUUUUCGUCGAUUUAUCUUUCGUGAAGGUCAAGGGAGACAAGAUAAAAGGAAUUAAAUCUCGGGUCGUAAAAAAUGGUUCGGCGGACGUUCAUCGUUGUGAUCUCCCAUUCAGCUUUACCAACAAUGAAUUCCACGCGAAAGAGACAUUGUCACGAGAGGAAAUGUUUGUGAAGGAACGAAGGAGAUUAGCGUUGCAGGGAAUAACCAGUUAUCAAUUUGAUCCUCGGAGUGGUCAAAUAUUAUUUAGUUAUGGUAACGGGAUAUACUUGGGACACGUUAGCAAGCAUGGCAUCAUAUCCCCAGCUCCUUCACCAUCAACCACUGGCUCACCUUCAACGUCCUCAUAUUAUUCAUCAUUGAACAACACUCUAUCACCACGAUUAUAUCCAAAAUUGGGUGGUUACAAUGGUGAUCUCAUCGCUUUCAUUCGUGAUCGAGAUAUAUGGGUCACAACUCCUAAUGGUUGUGAGACUCAACUGACCUUUCGUAAUGACCUUGACCCCGAUGGUACGGCCGUGAUAAGUUGUGGUGUCGCGGAAUUUGUAAUGCAGGAAGAAUUCUACCGUUAUACCGGUUAUUAUUGGUGUCCACCAUCUAUUAAAGGAUUCUCGAGAGAUUGCGAAAAAAUACUAUACCUGCAGAUAUCGGAAUCAAUGGUAGAUCUGGUAUCAAUACCGAAACCGGGUCCUCAAGGAGAAGUUGAAGAAUAUCGAUAUCCAAAGGCUGGUACACCAAAUGCCGUGAGUGAACUGCGAAUUGUCGAGUUUACUCCGCGUUACAGCGAGGAGAUUUAUAAAAGGAUGUGGUACAUGAACCUAUUCACAAACGACUUUGGGGAUCCGCUGCAUUGGAUAAAUUAUUUCCGUGGGUUGAAUAUAUUGUUCGAUUUGGUUGGUGUCCAGAUGGUGGAAGGUAGUAUAUGGAUGCAAUUACUGGAUCGUCCGCAACAAAAGACUGCGAUUGUCAAGAUUCCGAUUAGCAACUUUAUGAGCUCAUCAGAAUAUGAAGAAAAUGGUGGGAUGUUGGAUGAUUUAUGUGUUUCGAGGGUGGAAGUUAUAUUCGAAGAAACUAGUGAUGUUUGGAUAAAUGUCGCAAACGUCUUUUAUUUUUUCAACGAUAAUGAAGCUGCACCCAAGACAGCAGACACUGAUUUAUCCUCAGCACCGAUACUUUGUGAUCAACGAGCUUCAUAUACCAAGUUUUUUAUAACUUCUGAAAGUAGUGGUUAUCGUCAUCUUUAUCUUGUGGAGAAACCUGUAACUUCGCCACAUUAUUACGUUAGACCAAUAACCACCGGGAAUUGGCCGAUCAUGGAUAGACCUAUACAUGUUGACACAAAAAAAGAACUGGUUUAUUUUAUUGCUAAAAAGGACACACCAUUGGAGACCCAUCUUUACGCAGCUAGUUAUGCUAAAAAUGCUGAUCCCUCGAUAGUAAUACGACUCACAGAGUUAGGAUACAGUCAUACUGUGGUGAUGGACGAGAAUUGUGAGAGAUACUUGGAUGUAUUUUCCAGCGUAAAAGAGAAACCAAAAUGUGGUGUUCGAUAUUUUGAAUGGAAUGACAAUUCAGUUUUUCCUAAAGUUAGCAAGACUUUAGGUGUAUUCAUAGGAGGCGGCAACGCAGUUGAGGACGUAAGAGAUCCGGGAAGACAGAUUCCUUUUGGAGAAUUCUUUAAUUUCAAGAAUAAUGACGGGGUUACUAUUUACGGGUGCUUGUAUAGGCCUGAAAACCACGUCCCGGGGAAAAAAUAUCCCACCGUCUUAAAUAUUUACGGCGGACCUCAAUCUCAGAUGGUAACCAACGACUAUAAAUACCCGCGGUUUCAUCGACUCUUUCUUGCAACUCGGCUUGGAUUCUCGGUCGUCCUUAUCGAUGGUCGUGGGUCAUCAAAUAGAGGUGUUAAGUUUGAAUCUUAUUUAAAAGGUCGUAUGGGAACUGUCGAGUUAGAGGACCAAAUAGCUGGACUAAAGUAUCUAUCAUCCAGAAAUAUGGGAGUUGAUUUGGAAAGGGUGGCCAUAACUGGUUGGAGCUAUGGCGGAUACCUUAGUCUGAUGGCACUUGCGCAAUAUCCUCAAUUCUUUAAGUUGGCCAUUGCCGGGGCGCCAGUCACAAAAUGGGAACUAUAUGAUACUGCUUAUACCGAACGAUACAUGGGGCUUCCCACCGAAAACGUAGAAGGGUAUCGCAAGGGAAGCGUGCUAACUUGGGUAAAAAAUUUUCCCGACGACGAGCACCGUCUUUUAAUCGCGCAUGGGCAGAUCGAUGAAAAUGUUCAUUUCAAAAAUUCCGAAUUACUGGUCUCGGCCCUACAAAAACACAAGAAGCCAUAUGAGCUUAAACCAUAUCCAACUGAAAGGCAUGGUCUGAGACACGCGAAUGCCGUAGAAGAUUUCGAGACAUUAAUUUGGAAUGCGAAAAUGAAGCGAAUAUUAAAGUCGAAUGUUUUAUGUCAAAAUAUUAACCACCUGCUUGUUAGCCCUUCGGACUCGUGCAUUCGGUAUACGAAAGAACCACCUCCGUUGACCUAG